GAUCUCCAAAGUUGUGGCAACAAAUUGAAGUAAAUGAUGGGCAGUUGGGAUCAAUAUUAUGUAUGAGUUACAACCACUUGCCUCCACACUUGAGGAAGUGUUUCUUAUAUAUGGCAGCCUUCCCUCAAGAUUAUGACAUCCAUGCCUCUGAACUCAUCAAACUUUGGGUAGCUGAGGGUUUGAUUAAACAGAAAAGUUCAUCUAAAAGCGAAGAAAUGGCGGCGGAGGAGUACUUGGAGGAACUGAUAAAGCAAAGUCUAGUUUUGACCACUAGCCGAAAAAGUGAUGGCAAAACCAAAAGUUGCAAGCUGCAUAGUAUGGUACGGGACUUUUGUGUGAGACAGGCCGGGCAAGAAAAGGUCCUUCUUUCUGUCACGGACUACUUCCCUAAUCUUAUCUUGAGAAGGCAUUUUCUUCCACAAGUCCUUCAAAAUCAUCACCGUGUAAGUGUUAGUUGGCAUGAUCUACAUCUUAAAGACUCUACGCAUAGCUCAUGCACUGCUUCUAUUAUAUGCAUCCCGCAGAGAGGGUAUAGGCCCAAAGGCUCUGUACAGAACUUUACUUCACUUAGGGUCCUUCAUGUUUUACGUAGAAAUGAUCAUUCAUAUUGGGAGCUAGGUCAAGUGUUUGAAUUGAUUUAUCUCACUUACCUUGCUUCCAACAUUCCUGAUAGUAUUGUCCCUCCAGCUAUAGCAAAGCUUCAGAAUCUGCAGACUUUAAUUAUUUAUAGAUAUUAUGUUCGUUUGCCAGUGGAGAUUUGGAGUCUGAAGCAGUUGAGACAUCUUAUCGCCUUCUCAUUUCAAUCUUUACCCCUUCCCAAAAGAGCAACUCUUUCUCUAGUAAACUUGCAAACGCUUUCCAUGGCAACAAACUUUGUAUGUAGUGAAAGGAUGGUGAAAAUGAUCCCAAACAUAAAAAAGUUAGGGAUAUGCUACUCUGAAGAGAAGUUUGGUGUAGGCUAUCAUCUUGAUAACCUUAUACAAUUGCUUCAACUUGAGAAGCUCAAAUUGGAGGUGCAUAGUUCAUUUGUGCCACGUCUGAAUCCUAUUUUCCCCCUAUCACUGAAGAAGUUGGAAUUGAGUGGCAGGUGGAUUUCUUGGAGAGCUAUGACGAUUGUUGGUUUGUUGCCUAAUCUUCAAGUGUUGAAACUCUUGAACUAUGCCUGCUAUGGGAAACAAUGGGAAACCAUUGAGGGGGAAUUUCGUAUGUUGAUACAUCUGUUUAUUGAUGAAUCAGAUCUACAGUGUUGGAGAACUAAAUGGACCCACUUUCCAAGCCUCCAGUGCCUAAUGCUUCAUCGUUGUCCAUACUUGGAUGGGAUUCCAAAUGAUAUUGCAGAUAUUCGGACACUUAAACUGAUUGAGAUCGAUGAUCUUAACCAAUCUCUUUUGUACUCGGCAAAAAGAAUACAAAAGAAACAGCGGGAACACUGGCGAAAUGAUGACCUGAAAGUGAUGGUGAAGCGUUCUUGAUCCUGUUGCAAAGUGCUUCAUAUCAGAGCAUUGAUGAGGUAGCUUAUCAGAAACAAAAGGUGGAAUGGUUGGCGAUGUUUGUUGAAGUAUGAAUGGUUGAAAAAUUCCUUGUUUGCAAGAUGAUUUCAAAUAACUGUGAAUGAUAAAUACUCCCUCUGUCCCCAAGAAUAUGCACUUUGGA